AUGUCUAGUACCGAAAAGGAAGAGAGAACUGCAGAGGAAAAAUCUACAUUUUCGGAAUCCCUACUGCAAUUAAGCACAACUACUUCAGUUCAAAUGUCCAGUACCGAAAAGGAAGAGAGAACUGCAGAGACAACAUUAUUGGAAUCAUCACCUCAAUCGCCUACAAUAUCCAGUACUAAGUCUUUUCCUCAAUUGAGUACAAUAUCCAGUAGUUAUUUUCCAACAUCGAGUACAGAAAAAUACGAAUCUUUUCCUCAAUUGAGUACAAUAUCCAGUAGUUAUUUUCCAACAUCGAGUACAGAAAAAUACGAAUCUUUUCCUCAAUUGAGUACAAUAUCCAGUAGUUAUUUUCCAACAUCGAGUACAGAAAAAUAUGAAACUCCAGAGGAAUUGUCUACAUUUUCGGAAUCUCAACCGCAAUCAAGUACAACAAUAUUUGAAUCAUCACCUCAAUCGCUUACAAUAUCCAGUACUUCAGUUCAAAUGUCCAGUACCGAAAAGGAAGAGAGAACUGCAGAGGAAAAAUCUACAUUUUCGGAAUCCCUACCGCAAUUAAGCACAACUGUUUCAAAGUCUUUUCCUCAAUUGAGUACAAUAUCCAGUAGUUAUUUUCCAACAUCGAGUACAGAAAAAUACGAAACUGUUUCGAAGUCUUUUCCUCAAUUGAGUAAAAUAUCCAGUAGUUAUUUUCCAACAUCGAGUACAGAAAAAUACGAAACUCCAGAGGAAAAAUCUACAUUUUCGGAAUCUCUACCGCAAUCAAGCACAACUUCGCCUACAAUAUCCAGUACUUCCCUUCAAAUUUCUAGUACCGAAAUGAAAGCGAGAACUACAGAGGAAAAAUCUACAUUUUCGGAAUCUCAAACAAAAGCAAAAUCAUUACCUCAAUCGCCUAAAAUAGCCAGUACUUCAGUUCAAAUGUCCAGUACCGAAAAGGAAGAGAGAACUGCAGAGGAAAAAUCUACAUUUUCGGAAUCCCUACUGCAUUCAAGCACAACUGUUUCAAAGUCUUUUCCUCAAUUGAGUACAAUAUCCAGUAGUUAUUUUCCAACAUCGAGUACAGAAAAAUACGAAAAAACUGCAGAGGAAAAAUCUACAUUUUUGGAAUCCCUACCGCAAUUAACAGAAAAAUACGAAACAACUCCAGAGCAAAAGUCUAAAUUUUCGGAAUCUCAACCGCAAUUAAGUACAACAUUAUUGGAAUCAUCACCUCAACCGCCUACAAUAUCCAGUACUUCACUUCAAAUGUCCAGUACCGAAAAGGAAGAGAGAUUUGCAGAGAAAAAAUCUACCUUUUCGGAAUCUCAACCGCAAUCAAGUACAACAUUAUUUGAAUCAUCACCUCAAUCGCCUACAAUACCCAGUACUUCAGUUCAAAUGUCCAGUACCGAAAAGGAAAAGAGAACUGCAGAGGAAAAAUCUACAUUUUCGGAAUCCCUACCGCAAUCAAGCACAACUGUUUCAAAGUCUUUUCCUCAAUUGAGUACAAUAUCCAGUAGUUAUUUUCAAACAUGGAGUGCAGAAAAAUACGCAACAUAUCCAGAGCAAAUGUCUACAUUUUUGGAAUCUCAACCGAAAUUAAGUACAACAUUAUCGGAAUCAUCACCUCAGUCGCCUACAAUAUCCAGUAUUUCUUUUCCUCAAUUGAGUACAAUGUCCAGUAGUUAUUUUCAAACACCGAGUGCAGAAAAAUACGCAACAUAUCCAGAGCAAAAUUCAAAUUCUUUUCCUCAAUUGAGUACAAUAUCCAGUAGUUAUUUUCAAACAUGGAGUGCAGAAAAAUACGCAACAUAUCCAGAGCAUAAGUCUACAUUUUCAACAUUAUUGGAAUCAUCACCUCAAUCGCCUACAAUAUCCCUACAACAUUAUUUCAAUCAUCACUUCAAUCGUCUACAAUAUCCAAGUACUUCAGUUCAAAUGUCCAGUACCGAAAAGGAAGAGAGAACUGCAGAGGAAAAAAGAACUGCAGAGGAAAAACCUACAUUUUCGGAAUCUCAACCGCAAUCAAGUACAACAUUAUUUCAAUCAUCACUUCAAUCUACAACGUUAUUUGAAUUAUCACCUCAAUCGCCUACAAUAUCCAGUACUUCAGUUCAAAUGUCCAGUACCGAAAAGGAAGAGAGAACUGCAGAGGAAAAAUGUACAUUUUCGCAAUCCUUACCGCAAUCAAGCACAACUUUUUCAAAGUCUUUUCCUCAAUUGAGUACAAUAUCAAGUAGUUAUUUUAAAACAUCGAGUACAGAAAAAUACGCAACAACUUUAGAGGAAAAGUCUACAUUUUUGGAAUCUCAACCGCAAUCAAGUACAACAUUAUUGGAAUCAUCACCUCAAUCGGCUACAAUAUCCAGUACUUCAGUUCAUAUGUCCAGUACCCAAAAGGAAGAGAGAACUACAGAGCAAAAAUCUACAUUUUCGGUAUCUCAAACACAAUCAAGUUCAACAUUAUUGGAAUCAACAUUAUUGGAAUCAUCACCUCAAUCGGCUACAAUAUCCAGUACUUCAGUUCAUAUGUCCAGUACCCAAAAGGAAGAGAGAAUUACAGAGGAAAAAUCUAAAUUUUCGGAAUCCCUACCGCAAUCAAGUACAAAUCUUUUGGAAUCAUCAUCUCAAUCGCCUACAAUAUCCAGUACUUCAGUUCUAAUGUCCAGUACCGAAACAGAAGAAAGAACUACAGAGGAAAAAUUUCCUCAAUUGAGUACAAUAUCCAAUAGUUAUUUUCAAACAUCGAGUACAUCCAGUACCGAAAAGGAAGAGACAACUACACAGCAAAAGUCUACAUUUUCGGAAUCUCAACCGCAAUUGUCGCCUACAAUAUCCAGUACUUCAGUCAAAAUGUCCAGUACCGAAAAGGAAGAGAGAACUGCUAAGGAAUCCAGUACCGAAAAGGAAGAGAGAACUACAGAGGAAAAUUAUACAUUUUCGUCUUUUCCUCAAUUGAGUACAAUAUCCAGUAGUUAUUUUCCAAAAUCGAGUACAUCGCCUACAAUAUCCAGUACUUCAGUUCAAAUGUCCAGUACCGAAAAGGAAGAGAGAACUGCAUACUUCAGUCAAAAUGUUCAUACAAAAUUAUUGGAAUCAUCACCUCAAUUGUCUACAAUAUCCAGUACUUCAGUCAAAAUGUCCAGUACCGAAAAGGAAGAGAGAACUACAGAACGAAAGUCUUCAUUUUCGGAAUAUCAACCGCAAUUAAGUACUACAUUAUUGGAGUCAUCAACCCAAUCGCCGACAAUAUCCAGUACUUCAGUCCAAAUGUCCAGUACCGAAAAGGAAUCUCAAACACAAUCAAGUACAAAAUUAUUGGAAUCAUCACCUCAAUUGUCUCAAACACAAUCAAGUACAAAAUUAUUGGAAUCAUCACCUCAAUUGUACCGAAAAGGAAGAGAGAACUACAGAGGAAAAACCAACGUUUUCGGAAUCCCUUCCGCAAAGAAGCACAACUUUUUUAAAGUCUUCUCCUCAAUUGUGUACAAUAUCCAUACCGAAAAGGAAGAGAGAACUAAAGAGGAAAAAACUACCUUUUCGGAAUCUCAAACGCAAUCAAGUACAUCGUUAUUGGAAUCAGCACCUCAAUCGCCUACAAUAUCCAGUACUUCACUUCAAAUUUCCAGUACCGAAAAGGAAGAGAGAAUUACUGAGAAAAAAUCUACAUUUUCGGAAUCCGUACCGCAAUCAAGCACAACUGUUUUAAAGUCUUUUCCUGAAUUGAGUACUAUAUCCAGUAGUUAUUUUCCAACAUCGAGUACAGAAAAAUACGCAACAACUUCAAGCACAACUGUUUCAAAGUCUUUUGAUCAGUUGAGUACAAUAUCCAGUAGUUCUUUUCAAAUAUUGAGUACAGAAAAAAACGCAACAACUCCAGAGGGAAGGUCUACAAUUUCGGAAUCUCAACCGCAAUUAAGUAAAAUAUUAUUGGAAUCAUCACCUCAAUCGCCUACAGUAUCCAUUACUUCAGUUCAAAUGUCCACUACCGAAAAGGAAGGGAGAAUUCCAGAGGAAAAAUCUACGUUUUCGGAAUCUCAAACACAAUCAAGCACAACUGUUUCAAAGUCUUUUCCUCAAUUUAGUACAAUAUCCAGUGGUUUUUCUCAAACAUCGAGUACUGAAAAAUACGCUACACCUCCAGAGGAAAAGAUUACAUUUUCGGAAUCUCAACCGUUCAGUACUUCAGUUCAAAUGUCCAGUACCGAAAAGGAAGAGAGAACUACAGAGGAAAGAUCUACAUUUUCAGAAUCUCAACUUCAAUCAGGUAAAACAUUAUUGGAAUCACCACCUCAAUCGCCUACAAUAUUCAGUACUUCAGUUCAAAUGUCCAGUACCGAUAAGGAAGGGAGAACUACAGAGGAAAAGUUUACAUUUUCGGAAUCUCUACAGCAGACAACUUCAAGCUUUUCAAAGUCUUCCUCUCAAUUAAGCACAAUAUCAUCCAGAUCUUUUCGAAUUUCAAGUACAGAAAAAAAAGAAGCAACUUCAGAGGAAACAUGUGCUGAAUGUUUACCACAAUCAAGUACAUUUCAACUGGAAACAACUACAGAAAUAUGUUCGGAAUGUUUACCAAAAUCAAGUACAAAUUUAACAAAAUCUUUUAUUGAAUCAAGUACAAUAUCUAGUAGUUCAUUAAAAAAAAAUUCAGAGGAAAAGUCGAGUACAGAAAAAUAUCAAAUAACUCAGCAGGUAAAAACCAAAUCGUCGACUUCUGUACCACAAUCAAGUGAUACAGUUUUGGAAUUUGCACCUCCAUCGCCUAAAAUAUAUACUAGAUCUUAUCGAAUUUCAAGUACAGAAAAAAGCCAAGCAACUUCAGAUGAAACUUGUUCCGAAUGUUUACCGCAAUCAAGUAUAUUUCAACUUGAAACCACUUCAGGGGAAAUAUGUUUGGAAUGCUUACCACAAUCAAGUACGAAUUUUACAAAGUCUCUUCCUGAAUCGAGUACAAUAUCUAGUAGUUCAUUCAAAACAACUUCAGAGGAAAAGUCGAGUACAGAAAAAUAUCAAAGACCUCAGCAGGUAAAAACUAAAUUGUCCAGUUCUCUACCACAAUCAAGUAAUGCAGUUUUGGAAUUUGCACCUCAAUCGCCUAAAAUAUCCAUUAGAACUUAUCAAAUAUCGAGUACAGAAAAAAACGAAGAAAUUUCAGAUAUCUCCUUUUUACUUUCAAGUACGGUUAAAUAUCAAAAUACUCAAGAGGAAAUAAGCAAGCUAUCGGAAUUUGUACCUCAAUCGAGCAGUGAAAUAUCGAAAAUGGCAUCAUAUGAAAAGGGAAAGCCGACCAACCCUCUUACAUUUACGAGUCAAAAAAAAGGUAAAAUAACUGAAGGAGAAACCGGGAAACUAUUUAAUUCUUUACCACAGUCGAGUACAAUAACACCAGAAGAAAGUGUGUUUUCAAGCUUACUUAGCAUGCUUUCGAUUUCCAGUGUAGCAAUGAGUCAACGAACUCCAAAAGCCAUAGGAAAUGUAUCGAUAUAUCUACCUCAAUCAACUACUCCAUUAGUGUUGGAAAAUUCACCUUCAGAAGAUUUAUUCACUUCGAGUGUUACCGACAAAAGUGCCAAUUUAUCUGAACUGGAAACAAUGGACACAGGAAUGUUGACCAAGCCGAUUUUCUCAACCGACAAACGUUCAAAAACUACACCAAAAAGCGUUAAACAUUCAAAAGAGAAAACUAUAAAUCCAAAAGAAACUAAAACAGCCAUUAGUCCCAACACAAAUGUUAAUUUAUCCGAACAAUCGAAAACAGUGAAAAUUGAAACAACCGUUUAUUCAACCAAAAAAGUUUCAGGUAAUGCAUUACAAAGUGUCAGUUAUUCAGAAAAAAGGUCCCAAGCACCAACAACAUAUAAAACGGCGAAAUCUGAUCAUGAUCUCGGUUCUUCAUCUAAUGUAAUUGGCACCUCGUCGCAAAGUAAAUACAUAGUUUCUAGUGCUUCCAGUCAUAAAAAAGUCAUUGUACAAAGUGAAAAAACGAAAUCCGUGAGUGGAAUAACUACAAGUUUAUUUCAAUCUAGCACUAGUAAGCCAACAAUCUCGAGAUUGUUAAGCACGGAACAGCCUUCAAGUGAACUUUCAUCCAGUACUGGAACUACAGAUGUACCGCUUUGCUUGUGUACAUGCGUUAUUGAUCCUGAUGAGGAUAUCUGUUCUUGUGUCUGUACAAUUACAAAGCACGCAGAUAUUACGACGACCGCUAGAAAGCAUAUUUCAUGGGAUGGUCCCUCUACCAAGCCAUCUACCACAACCAUCGGAUUAUUUCCUGCACCAUAUAAAAAUAAAACAGAACCCCUUACAAAAAUGGAAAUUAAGAGCACCAAGCUUGUUUUUACUAAAUCAAGCACAACAAAGAAUGUUUUGCUGCAUUCUAAUAGUGAUAGAUCAAAAAGAAUUACUCAGCCGAAAUCAAAAAUUGAUAACCACCUGAAUUUUACAACUACUGGUUUGAUUCGAACAAAGAGUUCAGAGGCAGUUGAUGUGGCAAUACUUGAUGAUUUUGAGAAAAGACUUAAUAAACUAAAAGAUAAGUAUUGGAUUGGAAAAAACAGUUCUUCAAAUAAUGCCGAAUUUGAAGAAAAUAUCAUGAAGCUAAAUUUGACCUCAAAUAUGACAGUUGAAGAGAGCAGUCAUAUUAAAGCCAAACUUUACUCAAAUUUUACUUAUUUCGACAAAACGCGAAUCGAGCUGGAAAGCUUAAUGUUGUUUAAGCUAAACAAAGUUUGGAAAAAUAUGAACGAAACGAAUGCGUCGCCCGCGUGUAUAGAAUAUUAUAAAGGUAUGGCCAAGAAUCUAAUAUCAGGCUUGGCCAAGUCAAAUGCUGAAAAAUGGAACAUAAUAAGGAAAAAUCAUCUGACAUGCCAUGUAUCUCAGAAUAUUUCAAUUCAUGAACCAUCAUUUCAAGCCACCGAUGAAACUACGGAUCAAGAGAUGGAAACGCAGACAGAAAAGCUGGAAGGAUUGGCAUUACAUUAUUGUAAUAAAGACAUAUAUGAUUUAAUAGUUGGUAAAAACUCAUCUUUAAAUUCAAGCUAUCUGAUUCCCUUUUCAUCUGGAGAUCCCUGUACUAUAAUACUCAAGAAUAUUUUACAAAUUCAUCAACAUAACAAAACCAAUCAUAGUCCCGAGUAUGAGGACAUCAUUUCUAAGAUCAACGUGGCAAUCAUACAGAACCGGGGCAGCAACAAGAAGGCGCUAUUGUUAAGGGAGUACUUGGAGUAUGAGAAAUUGCGUAAAUACCUCGAUCAUAUUUUGGGGGGCAAGAUUGACGAAAGCGAUAUGCGACUUGCCGUUGUUAAGAGCAGAAAGUGUUGGAAUUACUACACGAAACUUAAAAAGAUGUUUCUCAAAGCAAUGCAGUCCUCGAAUGCUAGAAAAGAACACCUAAUUGGAAAUAUAUCGAUGGUGUGCAGUGAACACGGCGUGUGAACAGAU